AUUUGCAUCUAAAUGAUGAUCAGCUAAAGAGUUUAGCUCUUACAGAAAUAGAAAAGAUUUUGUGCAGAAAUGGCAAAACUUUGGGUGAUUAUCCUUCACUUCAGGUUCCAGAAAGCAUAAAUCUUAAUGAUUUUCAUAACAAGCUCAUCCAAGAUGAGUUAAACUACAACAAGGAGUCUCUAGCAAUCGAACAUACUGAACUUCUAAGUAGCUUAACUACUGAACAGAGACAUGUAUAUGAUAGAAUUAUCGACGCUGUUUUUGAGAAUAAUGGUGGAGUUUUUUUCGUUUAUGGAUAUGGUGGUACGGGAAAAACAUAUCUGUGGAGAACAUUAACUUCUGGCUUACGUUCAAAAGGUGACAUUGUACUUACCGUAGCUUCAAGUGGUAUUGCCUCUCUUUUGUUGCCUGGUGGAAGGACUGCUCACUCACGAUUUGGUAUCCCGUUGUCUAUAACUGAAGACUCAACAUGCAACAUAACACAAGGGAGUCCUCUCGCUGAGCUAUUAAUUAAAACAAAGCUCAUCAUUUGGGACGAAGCACCUAUGGUCCAUAGGUUUUGUUUUGAAGCUCUUGACAGGAAUUUAAGAGAUGUGCUCAGAUUUUCAAAUCCCAAUAGUUUAAAUCAACCUUUCGGGGGAAAAGUGGUUGUGUUCGGAGGAGAUUUUAGACAAAUAUUACCAGUGAUUCCUAAAGGCAAUAGGGCUGAUAUUGUGUUUGCCACGAUAAAUAGUUCAUAUUUAUGGGACAGCUGUCAG